AUGGCGGGGCAGCAGUUCCAGUACGACGACAGCGGCAACACGUUCUUCUACUUCCUCACCAGCUUCGUGGGGCUCAUCGUCAUCCCCGCCACCUAUUACCUGUGGCCACGGGACCAGCACGCCGAGCAAAUUCGAUUAAAGAAUAUACGAAAUGUUUAUGGAAGAUGCUUGUGGUAUCGUUUGAGAUUGUUAAAACCACAGCAAAACAUAAUACCUACAGUAAAGAAAAUAGUCCUCCUUGCUGGCUGGGCAUUAUUUUUGUUUCUUGCAUACAAAGUUUCCAAAACGGACCGAGAGUAUCAAGAAUACAACCCCUAUGAGGUUUUACAUUUGGAUCCUGGAGCAAGCAUAUCAGAAAUUAAGAAGCAGUACCGGGCACUGUCGUUGAAAUACCAUCCAGAUAAAGGUGGAGAUGAAGUUAUGUUCAUGAGGAUUGCCAAGGCCUAUGCAGCCUUAACUGAUGAAGAAUCACGAAAGAAUUGGGAAGAAUUUGGUAAUCCAGAUGGACCACAAGCUACAAGCUUUGGUAUAGCUCUGCCAGCUUGGAUUGUGGAUCAGAAAAAUUCAAUUUUGGUUUUGCUUGUAUAUGGAUUAGCAUUUAUGGUUAUUCUUCCAGUUGUUGUGGGUUCCUGGUGGUACCGAUCCAUACGGUACAGUGGAGACCAGAUUCUCAUCCGGACAACUCAGAUAUAUACCUAUUUUGUCUACAAAACAAGGAACAUGGACAUGAAAAGGCUUAUCAUGGUUUUGGCAGGGGCAUCCGAAUUUGAUCCUCAGUACAACAAAGAUGCUACGAGCAGACCAGCAGACAACGUUCAGAUCCCACAGCUCAUCAGAGAAAUUGGUGGCAUAAAUCUGAAGAAGAACGAGCCUCCACUCACCUGCCCUUACAGCCUGAAAGCCAGGGUUCUGCUGUUGACUCAUCUUGCCAGGAUGAAAGUUCCUGAGGUCCUUGAAGAAGAUCAGCAGUUUAUCCUGAAGAAGAGUCCUGCACUGCUUCAAGAAAUGAUUAAUGUGAUCUGCCAGCUAAUCAUAAUGGCUCGGAGCCGGGAAGAAAGGGAGUUCCGUGCUCCAUCUUUGGGAUCUUUGGAAAAUUGCAUGAAGCUUUCCCAGAUGACUGUCCAGGGACUCCAGCAGUUCAAGUCUCCCCUUUUGCAGCUGCCUCACAUUGAAGAAGACAAUCUUAGGCGAGUCUCCAAUCAUAAAAAGUAUAAAAUCAAAAGUAUUCAGGAUUUGGUGAGUUUGAAGGGGUCUGAUCGUCGCAAUUUGCUGCACUUCCUAGAAGAUAAGAAAUAUGAAGAAGUCAUGGCUGUCCUUGGCAGCUUUCCAUAUGUCACUAUGGAUAUAAAACCACAGGUUUUGGAUGAUGAAGACAGCAACAAUAUUACAGUAGGUUCUCUUGUCACUGUUCUGGUCACUCUGACAAGACAGACCAUGGCAGAAGUGUUUGAAAAGGAGCAGUCUAUAUGUGCAGCAGAAGAGCAGCCAACAGAAGAGGGGCAAGGAGAUGUCAACAAAGUUAAGAGCAAAGGAUGGCAGCAAAAGAAUAAAGGAACCAAGAAAGCUUCAAAGUCAAAGAAAAAGAAGCCAUUGAAAAAGAAACCUGUGCCACCCUCUUUGCAGCCACCGAAACAGCAGAAGCAAAAACAAGCUAAUGGGGUAACAGGUGCUGAAGUAGUUGCAAAGGAAGAAGAGGAGGAGCUUUCUGAUAAAGGGAGUGAAUCUGAAGAAGAAGAAACAAACAGAGACUCUCAAAGUGAAAAAGAUGAUGGAAGUGACAGAGACUCUGACAGAGAGCAAGAUGAGAAGCAAAACAAAGAUGAUGAAGCUGAGUGGCAAGAACUACAGCAAAGUAUACAGAGAAAGGAACGAGCCCUUCUUGAAACCAAGUCAAAGAUAACACAUCCAGUUUACAGUCUUUUUUUUCCUGAGGAAAAGCAGGAGUGGUGGUGGCUGUAUAUUGCAGAUCGGAAGGAGCAGAUGCUAAUAUGUAUGCCCUAUCAUGUUUGCACACUAAAAGAUAAAGAAGAGGUAGAGCUGAAGUUCCCAGCACCAGGCAAGCCUGGAAACUAUCAGUACACAGUUUAUUUGAGAUCGGAUUCCUACAUGGGAUUGGACCAGAUUAAACCACUGAAGCUGGAAGUUCAUGAAGCAAAACCAGUGCCAGAAAAUCAUCCACAGUGGGAUACAGCAAUAGAAGGUGAUGAGGACCAGGAAGACAGCGAGGGCUUUGAAGACAGUUUUGAGGAGGAAGAGGAAGAGGAGGAAGAUGAUGAUUAAGACAGUACUAUUGAUUGACUACACUAUCUGCAUACAGUGCAAACUCUUGGUCUGACUGUGGGAACUGUACAAAUAACCAAGAAACCCAGUACAGAAGCUUUGAGAAGGCUGAAUUUCAUUGUUUUCUUUACCAAUUAAGAGUGCAUUAUGUAACUUCUCAGUGGAGGUGAAACAAAUCUGUUGCCAUUGAUACAACUUUGGAAUAUGCUUAUGGCUCAUUCUAGCCUUCAAGUGCAGGAUGGUGCAUUUGUUUCAACUGAAAAUAAAAGCUUUUUUUAUUAUAAAUGUCUGAAAGUGUGGGCUAUGUAUUGUCUGAUCAAGUCUAGGGUCCAAUGAAAGGGACUAAU